AAAACCAUUCUUGCCUUACAUUGUUCCAAUUCGAUUUCACUAUAGAGAAGAGAAUCGGGACUUCCAUUAACGAAAUCGGAUCAGGGAGUUUUAAAUUGCAAUGUGGAGAAGGAGAAUUUAAUAAAAAUCAUGGUCUUACUUGGUACUCUAUCGUCUGCAAAAGCUUCAGUAACAAACGGUGCUUUCUUCUAUUAUUCAUCAGUUCCAUGUGAAUGUUCUUGAUGCACAUCAAGUGGUUGGUGAAAUUCUUCAAAGAACCGGAAUGGCAAGCACGCCAGCGAGAAAAGACUAAAGAGUUGGAAAGAUUGCGCCAACAGGAAGAUGAAGAAGAGGAAAGAAUAGUUGAUGAGUAUAGGGAAGUUGGCAUGCACUUGAAGAAUUUUCCUCAAGAAGAUGUUUUUAGGGCAAAGAAAUUGGUUUCCAGUUUCAUCAAAUCUGCUGAAGAGAUCGAAGAGGUAUUGCUGCAUCCGAUAAACAUUUUGGCAGAUGAAGACUGCUGA